UCAGCCAAAGCGCGCACUGAGUGCAAACCCCAGUCAAUCCGUGCCCCGGCUCCGCCCCCCGCGUCCGAAUCCCGCCCAGCUAGACCCUCAAGCCCAGGCGGGUCUCGAGCCUGGAGAAGCAAGGUUCCCGCACCAGAUAGCAUGUUUUUGGCCCAGAGGAGCCUCUGCUUUCCUAGUGGUAGAGCAAAAUUCCUGAAGACAAUUUCUUCUUCCAAAAUCCUCGGAUUCUCUGCUUCUGCUGAACAUUCUGUUGUUUUCCUCUGCCAUCUAGUGGUAAAAGAAAGUAAUUUUCCUGGUUUUUUGAAUGGAUAGUCAUCCCUUAAAAAGCAUCCAGAUUGCGCAGUAGUGCUAGCGACUUCGCAGUUCAGUCCUCGUACCCGACAGCCGCCACUGGUGCUGAGUUGCUAGGAAGCCCCUGUCAGCGAGCUCCUUGGAGCUUGAACCCAUUGUCACCCCUCCGACUCACCGGCAAAAAAAAAAAAAAAAAAAAAUGGUGGAAGCAGAUCGCCCGGGAAAGCUCUUCAUUGGUGGGCUUAAUACGGAAACAAAUGAGAAAGCUCUUGAAACAGUAUUUGGCAAAUAUGGACGAAUAGUGGAAGUACUCUUGAUAAAAGACCGUGAAACUAACAAAUCAAGAGGAUUUGCUUUUGUCACCUUUGAAAGCCCAGCAGAUGCUAAGGAUGCAGCCAGAGACAUGAAUGGAAAGUCAUUAGAUGGAAAAGCCAUCAAGGUGGAACAAGCCACCAAACCAUCAUUUGAAAGAGGUAGACAUGGACCGCCCCCACCUCCAAGAAGUAGAGGUCCUCCACGAGGUUUUAGAGCUGGAAGAGGAGGAAGUGGAGGAACCAGGGGACCUCCUUCACGAGGAGGACACAUGGAUGACGGUGGAUAUUCCAUGCAUUUUAACAUGAGUUCUUCCAGGGGACCACUCCCAGUGAAAAGAGGACCACCACCAAGAAGUGGGGGUCCUUCUCCUAAGAGAUCUGCACCUUCAGGACUAGUUCGCAGCAGCAGUGGCAUGGGAGGAAGAGCUCCUCUAUCACGUGGAAGAGAUAGUUACGGAGGUCCACCUCGAAGGGAACCACUCCCCUCUCGUAGAGAUGUUUAUUUGUACCCAAGAGAUGAUGGGUAUUCUACUAAAGACAGCUAUUCAAGCAGAGAUUACCCAAGUUCUCGUGAUACAAGAGAUUAUGCACCACCACCACGAGAUUAUACUUACCGUGAUUAUGGUCAUUCCAGUUCACGUGAUGACUAUCCAUCAAGAGGCUAUGGCGAUAGAGAUGGAUAUGGUCGUGAUCGUGACUAUUCAGAUCAUCCAAGUGGAGGUUCCUACAGAGAUUCAUAUGAGAGUUAUGGUAACUCACGUAGUGCCCCACCUACACGAGGGCCCCCGCCAUCUUAUGGUGGAAGCAGUCGCUAUGAUGAUUAUAGCAGCUCACGUGAUGGAUAUGGUGGAAGUCGGGACAAUUACUCAAGCAGCCGAAGUGAUCUCUACUCAAGUGGUUGUGAUCGGGUUGGCAGACAAGAAAGAGGGCUUCCCCCUUCUGUAGAAAGGGGGUACCCUUCUCCACGUGAUUCCUACAGCAGUUCAAGCCGGGGAGCACCAAGAGGUGGUGGCCCUGGAGGAAGCCGAUCUGAUAGAGGGGGAGGCAGAAGCAGAUACUAGAAACAAACAAAACUUUGGACCAAAAUCCCAGUACAAAGAAACAAAAAAAAAAGUGGAAACUAUUCUAUCAUUACUACCCAAGGACUACUAAAAGGGAAAAUUGUGUUACCUUUUUUAAAUUCCCUGUUAAGUUCCCCUCCGUAAGUUUUAUGUUCUUGUGAGGAAAAAGGUAAAACAUGUUUAAUUUUAUUUGACUUCAUGACACUGCUUUUCAACAAGCAAAUGUUAAAUGUGUUAAGCCUUGUUGUACUAGUAACUUUGUAACUUCUAACUUUCCAAGUAAAAGUGUCCCUAAAGACCACUUCCUAUCUGGUUUCUCCCAGUAAAUGAGGCAAGCAAUUCUAAGAUCUUCCACAAAACAUCUAGCCAUCUGAAAUGGAGAGAUGAAUUGUUCUGCCUAUACAAGCAAGCUAGCUAUUAAGAGGGUGGUUGGGGUAUGCUACUCAUAAGAUUUCAUGGUGUUUUCCAACGGAAAUCUCAAUGUUCUUAGUAUGCAAAACCUGAAAUCAGAUGCCUAUGUAAGGAAAUUGCUGUUCACCCAGUAAACCCAAAAAAAGCAAAUGGAUAAUGCUGGCCAUUUUGCCUUUCUGACAUUUCCUUGGGAAUCUGCAAGAACCUUCCCUUUCCCCUCCCACAAUAAGACCAUUUAAGUGUGUCUUUAAACAACUGCAGAAUACUAAAUAAAAAGUUUGGCCAGAACCAACCAUGAAGCUGCAAAGGUGCUUGCUCUUACUGUUUCAAAUUUUUGCAACUCUAGUGUCUCACGUUUAAAGGAACAGUUUGAUUGCAAAGGAGAAAAUAGUUAAGUAAUGAAGUUAUCUCCAACUUCCGAAAGGCUUAUGACUUCUAAAAAGUGAAUCUAUCAGCAUUCUACAUCAGAUUUAAAGCAUCAAAUGCCUGUGAAACAGCAGAGAUGGUUGAGGAUUAUGCUCAUUAUGAUUGUGGAGUGCUGCUGAUUGAUUCACAGUAGAUAAAGCUGGCAGUAAGAGAAAUCAAAUGCUAAGAGUUGUUGAAGCAGAAGGCGGCUGAUUGUCAGUAAGUCAGUACAGUUGCAUAAGCAGUGCUGUCAGAAUUGGUUUGGUGCAGGCAAUAGAUUUUGCCUUCAGGGGUUCCUGUGGAUCUCAGGAAGGCAUCAGUGUUGAUUAACACUCAUAACUAAGGAGUGAGUGGUAGUUACUUAAAACAAGUAAUUGACCAAAUGGAAAAGGGGAAGUAAUUAAGGAAAUUGGUAAGUGGAGGAAGUUCUUGUGGUCCUUUACAUAGAUUUUACAGCUUUGGGUUUCAUUUUGUUUAACUAAAGUCAUGGGGACAACUCUUCAAUUUGGAGCUUAAAAAUGGUAGCUCUAUCUAGUGAAGUGUCUGUCAGUAAGUGAAACAUUUUUUGGUGGUGGCUUAUCCAGAAACAGUUUAGUUGUAGAAUACAACUUAUGAGUGACAUCUGGAAAGUAACAACCAUGCUAAGAUGGCAAACACACUGGAAACAAUUGGGCCACUUGGCUUUCUUUUGCUGUAUUGUUUUAUAAGCCUACUUUACUUCCCAGUCUUGGAAACAAGUUUUAGUUUAUUGCUUUGGACACUAGAGCCAAUAGUACAAUGUUCUCAAAGGAAACAGACUUGAGUUGUUGGAUUGGAGGAACUAAUUGAACUUCUAAUUUUUUUUUUUUUGUCAUAACUAUGGCACUGUCAUGUUUUAACAUUUGCAGCUAGGGAUAGUAAGUACAACAUUUUUAACUCUCAUUUGACAGAUUACUACUAAUCACAGACCACAAGGGUAAUGACCAAAUUUAUGUGGUUGUUGCACUUCCCAACCCUUCCAUAUUCUUAUGAUUACUUGGGUUACAGCCUCUGUGAGGACCUUUUGGCCCUUGAGAUAUCCUAAAUAUAGUAUAGGAUAUAGAGAUUGUACCAAAUAUGAAUGAAUAUUGUUCAAAGCAAGGAGUAUGUUAAAAUGACGAGACACCAGUUUUGAUAAAUAGUUUACUGACCUAGCAGAUGUGUGGAAAAAUAAUCAGAUCUUGAUUCUUCUGGGUCUAUACUGGUUGUAAAACAAUGAUAUAGAAAAUGUUUUCCUUGUUUAACUGGUAGUUGAACAUAGAACUUGGGUAUUAUAGAUCACUUCUCACUUUUUGGAAUGUUUUCUAUUGAAACUUUAACAUGGCAAAAAAAAAAAAAAAAAUCCAAAAUCUAUGAGAUAAUUUUGUUAAAGUUGG